AACACUAGGUACCAGACCAGCGUCAAGAUAAAGUCAGUGAGAGCGGUCACCGAGGAUGAGCAGGACCGGGUGGUGCCGUUAGUGGUGUACAACAGCUCGCCGGAGGGGCCAGCGGAGGGAGAGGGGGGCCAGGCGCAGGGCCCCCGAAAGGGCCACCAGCUGGAUGGUCUAGCCGAGGAGGAGCGGGCAUCGUCGUUAGCCACGUCUCCGGUCUGCUCGGAGGAGGGGGAGAGCAGCGGUAAGGUCCGUUCGUCCACGGAGGACCUCGGUGCCGCGUGUGGUCCAGGUCUCGCGGAGGACAAUCCGGAACAUCGCUCGGACCUGGAAUCGGAGGAGCCGGGUCGGUGCGAGGCGACCGAGUGCGAGGAGGCUGCUGAGCCGAGGUUCAUCGGCUGCGGCCCGUUAUUGAACGAAACACCGGUGUUAGUCCAUCAGUGGCGGGAUCAACAUCGUCAGGAACACCAAAAGCAGCGUGGCGGAAGAGGAGGGGGCGCGGAGAGCGUGGUCGCGUUGGAUCUGCAGUUGAUAGCCGACAGCUCGGAGGUCCGCGCGAAACGGGCGAGACGGACGUCGGCCGACUGCGUCGGCGACACGUUCGAUUCCGCGAGGAGAGGACACUGUCUGGCGCACAGGGUGCACAGGGCGCCGACGUCCUCCGCCAUACCGAGGCAUCACGUGGAGAGCACGCGAAGGAAUUCCAAUCGAUCGUGCCGGGUUCAUGGUCGUCGCCGGGACCGGUCCCGGGGUAAAACCACGGAACGACCGAGCAACCCGAACGCGAGGGAUUUGACGUCGAAUGAGCUCGAGUGCUCAGUGAUACGGCUUGAACAGGACACGAUCCUCGAGCCGGUCAGGAUACUCGGUUGCCCGCCCGCGGAAGGUCUCGAGAUCUCCACCUUCCUGGAGCCGCCGCCUCUCUAUCCGGGCAUCAGCGUAGCGGAGAUCGCCUGCCGCGAGCCGCCCUGCUACAGCCUCUACGAUCCGAACAGUAUACUGCCGAAGAGUCGUGCCGGUAGCAUCGCCAAGAUCCUCAAGGGGCCGAACCGCGCCGUGAAGGACAUUAACCGGAAGAUGCUGGCGAUGGCGCGUGCCAUGACACCCGCCUGGUCCCUGCGUUUGCUCGGCGUCAGCUGCGGCUCCGUGGUCUGCGCCUGGGGACUUCUGCUGAUACUGUCCGUGCUGGGCGGCGGCGCCUCCCACGGCACCGCACUCGGUAGUUUCGGUCUCGGGAGUUUGUCGGGGACAAUGGAGGACAUGAACAGUGGUAGGUGUCCGUCGUUGUGCACGUGUACACUUCAAGACGUCGACUGCUCUCAUCGGGGACUCACGCAGAUACCUGGGAACUCGGGCAACCUGCUGAUCGCUGAAAAACUAGAGCUGCAGGGGAACAACAUCUCGGUGAUAUUCAACACGGACUUCGAGGACAUGGCCACGCUUCACAUUCUCUGGCUAUCAAAUAACCAGAUUCACACCAUCGAGAAAGGCGCCUUCCAGGAUUUAGUCGCCGUCGAGAAGCUGCGCCUUAACAAUAACCAGCUACGUCACCUUCCCGAUCUCCUGUUCAACAACAUGAUGAACUUAAAGCGCCUGGAUCUCAGCCACAAUCAAAUCGCUACUAUUGGUCCGAAGACGCUUAGAGGAAUAUCGUCUCUGAAAUAUCUGCUGCUCGACAACAACGUGCUGACCUGCAUCGAUGAAGCGUCGAUACGGGAGCUGAAGAAUCUUGAAAUACUGAUGUUGAAUAAUAAUAAACUGACUACGCUGGGGAGGGAAAUGCUGAACGGCCUGUCCCAUUUGCAAACGCUGAUGCUCGUCGACAACGCACUUUCCUGCGACUGCCAUUUGGCCUGGUUGUCACGACAUUUGAAAACGUUCCCGCGGCUCGGCCAACACAACAUACGAUGCGCCUCGCCGAUUCAGCUGAAAAAUCGAAAUAUCGUCGACUUGCUGGAGCACGAAUUCAAGUGUUCGGGCCCGGUUGAGCGGACAGUAUCCGAAUGCAGCGCGGAACCGCAUUGUCCGCAUCCGUGCAAAUGCGCCGAUGGUAUCGUCGACUGCAGGGAGAAUUCUUUGACGAAAGUGCCCACCCACCUUCCCGAGGACACCACCGAGCUUCGGUUGGAGCAGAACAGCAUCACGGAGAUCCCGCCGAAAGCUUUCUUCCCAUACAGGAGGCUGCGCAGAAUUGACCUCAGCAACAAUCAGAUCAAAAAGGUAGCUGCGGACGCGUUCCACGGAUUGAAAUCCCUCGAAUCACUCGUGCUGUACGGAAACAAGAUCACCGAACUGCCCAGUGGAUUGUUCCAAGGCUUGACCAAUUUAGAAUUGCUAUUGUUGAACGCGAACGAGAUAUCCUGCAUACGGACCGAUCUGUUCCGAGAUCUGACCAGCCUGACACUGUUGUCCCUGUACGAUAACAACAUCAGAUCCCUGGCCAAUGGAACUUUCGCCAAUCUGCGAAGCAUUGAAACGCUACAUUUGGCAAAGAAUCCGUUCAUCUGCGAUUGCAAUCUGCGAUGGCUGAGCGCGUACCUUCACGCGCACCCCAUCGAGACGUCGGGUGCUAAGUGCGAGUCACCGAAGAGGGCGCAGAAGCGGAGGAUCGAUUCGUUGCGGAACGAAAAGUUCAAAUGUAAGGGCGACGAGGAGCUCUUAACAAAGAGAGCUGGCGAGUGCAUCCUGCCUGGAGAGUGUCCGGCUCCGUGUACCUGCAACGGCGCCACUGUUGAUUGCUCUAACAAGAAACUAACUUCUAUACCGAAGGAACUGCCAAUCUAUACAUCCACCUUACUGUUGGCCAACAACAAGCUGGAUAAGAUCAAAGCGGACGGCCUGUUCGAGAAGCUGCCCGAGCUGCAGCAUUUGGACCUCAGGAAGAAUAAAAUCUCACGCAUCGAGGCGUCGGCCUUUCAAGGAGCGUACAAGCUCACCGACCUACUCCUGUCGGAGAACAGGCUGAGGGAAGUUCACAACAAGAUGUUCACCGGCUUGACGAAUCUUAAGACUCUGAACCUCCACGGGAACGCCGUUACCUGCGUUAUGCAGGGCGCCUUCGAUGGGCUGUCACACAUACGCACCAUCAACAUGCAAGGCAAUCCUUUGUCGUGUAAUUGUCAUCUCGCGUGGUUCGCUGGAUGGCUGAGGAAACGCGAAAUGUCUGGUGUGGUCGGCCACUGUCACGAUCCGCCGCGAUUGAAGGACGCCGUUGUCAAGGAUAUUCCCCAUCACGAGUUCAAAUGCAAUAACGACAGCGUGGGUUGCCUAGGAGACGAUUACUGUCCACCCCAAUGUAAUUGCGCCGGGUCAGUGGUGAGGUGUUCGAGGUCCCAGCUUACGGAGAUUCCGCGCGGGAUUCCGCCGGAAACCACCGAGCUGUAUUUGGACGUGAACGACAUCAAGACGAUCCAGCCGGAGAGGCUGAACCACCUGAGGAUUCUCACUAAACUGGACCUGAGCAACAAUCAGAUCGGAAUGCUGUCGAACGACACCUUCAGAAACCUCACCAAGCUGUCUCACCUUAUAAUCAGCUACAACAAACUGCAAUGCAUUCAACGCAACGCCCUCGCCGGCCUGAAAUCAUUGAGGAUAAUGUCUCUGCACGGCAACAACAUAUCGGUGAUCCCGGAGGGCGCGUUCGAGGAUCUUCAAUCUAUAACCCACCUCGCUCUGGGGUCCAACCCUCUCUACUGCGACUGCAGUAUGCGCUGGUUGGCCGAGUGGGUGAAGAAGGAUUUCCUGGAGGCUGGGAUCGCCAAGUGCACCGAGCCACCGGCGAUGAUGGACAAGCUGCUGCUGUCCACGCCGGCAGCCGCGUUCCAAUGUAAAACCAGCCAACAGCCAGCCGAAGUCCUGGCCAAGUGCGACCUGUGCUACACCUCGCCAUGCCAGAACGGAGGAUUUUGCGAGGCGCUCCCGGAUCGGAAAUUCCGUUGCAAGUGCGCGCCAGGAUAUCAUGGGGACCGGUGCGGACAUAAAAUUGACGCGUGCUAUGGAAAUCCUUGCCGGAACACCGGAACUUGUAAAGUAUUGGAAGAAGGAAGAUUCAGUUGCGACUGCGCCCCCGGGUACAAGGGACUUCGGUGCGAGAACAACGUCGACGACUGCGAGAACAACAAAUGCGCCAAUAACGCGACCUGCGUCGACCUCAUCCAGGCCUACAGAUGCGACUGCGCACCAGGAUUCAUGGGCGAGUACUGCGAGGAGAAAAUACCCUUUUGCACAAAAGGGCACGACCCCUGCGAGAACGGGGGCCGAUGCGUCGACCACGGGACCCACUAUAGCUGCGAAUGCCCAAUCGGCUUCACCGGCCUUAAUUGUUCCACCAACCUGGAUGACUGCGUUGAUCAUAUGUGCCAGAACGGUGCUACUUGCAUCGACGGCAUAAACAAUUAUGUGUGUAAGUGCGCGGCGGAAUACACUGGGAGGUACUGCGAAGCAGCACCCUCGACAGUCAUGCUCUAUCCGCAGACUAGUCCUUGUGCACAUCAUGACUGUCAGCACGGUGCAUGCUUCCAGCCAGCUCCCGCAUCCGCCGCGGACUAUCUUUGCCAGUGCCACCCCGGCUACACCGGAAAACGAUGCGAGUACCUGACGAGUUUGAGCUUCGUGGACAACAGCUCGCUGGUCGAGCUGGAGCCGCUACGCACGAGGCCCGAAGCGAACGUGACCAUCGUCUUCACGACCAUGCAGGAAAACGGGGUUCUCCUCUACAACGGCCAGAACGGCGACCACAUCGCGGUCGAGCUGUUCAACGGCCGUGUACGCGUCUCGUACGACGUGGGCAAUUAUCCCACAUCGACAAUGUACAGUUACGAAAUGGUGGCCGACGGCAAACCCCACAUCGCUGAGCUUCUCGCGAUCAAGAAGAACUUCACGAUGAGGGUGGACCGCGGCCCUGCUAGGAGCAUCAUCAACGAGGGUCCGAAGGAAUAUCUGAAAUUGAGUACCCCGAUGUACGUCGCAGGCGUCGCGCCUGAAGUCGCUAGCAUCGCGUUCACGGAAUUCCACUUGAGAAAUAUAACGAGCUUCCAAGGCUGCAUCUCCGAGAUGUGGAUCAAUCAUAAGUUAGUGGACUUCAGUAACGCCGCGAAAAUGCACCGAGUCACUCCCGGAUGCAUGUCGAACGAGGAAGAGGCUGACGAGGCGCGAGACGUCGUCGAGCCGGAAGGCAUCAUGAGCAACAGCGGCAGCAACGAGGAAGCUCUACCGGAAGACAACAUGGCACAUGAACAUUCCGACAUCGUCAUGACACUGCCAGGCACGUUAAUUUCCGAUCCUUGCACUGGCCACGAGUGUAGAAAGGGCUCGCAAUGCGUGCCUUCGCCGAUCGGGAAUGGCUACACGUGCCGGUGUCAGACUGGAUGGCAAGGACGAUACUGCGAAAAAGCACCGACGUGUCGCAAAGAACACACCAGAGAGUUCUACAGCGAAAACGGAUGUCGGAGUAGACGACCGGUAAAGCUUGCCAAGUGUUGGGGUAGCUGCGGUAACUCCUGCUGCCUGCCACGAAAAACAAAACGACGCAAGGUUCGACUGAUCUGCGCUAACGGGAUGCGGUACACGAAGGACGUGGACCUGGUGCGCAAGUGUACGUGCACCCGGAAAUGCUACUAGCAAGGGCCGAAGGUGCAGCCACAGGUGUUCCAUAAAUAUUCGUCGAAAACGUAUCGAGACCGAGAGGAAGAAACCCCGCCCCCUUUCUAGAACCGAGCGAGUGACCCAAUUACGAACUUUCCACGGAGAGACCACGAGUGAUGUGCCCACGGGACUUAAUCAACGGAAAACAGCCGGAUUAGAUUAGAAAACGCAGCCCACGCGACGCAUCCUCGUGGUAGCGCGCUUUCGAAAGCGUUGGGUCUCGCCGCCGCAUGCCGAGAUCCAAGAUGGACACACACUCGCAACAAUACACGCGUUAAACGAACACGAAACACAAGUAUAGACACUCGAAACAAAUGGCAGACAUUCGUACACACACACACACAGUCACACACACGAAAAGCACACUCAGCAGACAGAGACACGCGCGCGCGCGCGUGCGCACACACAGACACACAGCCGGCUCAGUGUGAUAUAUAUAUUCGGACGUGGAGAAAGAAUUAUUAUUAUUAAUUAUAAUCGUGCGUAUGUGGACUUUACUCGGUAUUUGGAAACAGUUUCACCGCAUACAUAGGUAUUAUUAAUCGUGUACGAAGGGGAAGACGAAGGAACGUUAGGAUUAAUGAUAAAGAAACUUGUUUGGUUUUCGUUCUCGCGCACGAUGAACCACAUCACACUCACACACACGCAGAUAAUGUCGUUCGCUCAGUGUGAAAUAGAUCUAAUGAAUGACUAAGUGGUACUGGUGGAUGCAGCAUGAUCGGGUGUAUGGAUUUCAAAUGAAAGAGUUCCCGCUUGAUAUCGCGAUCUCUCAGAAUUCCUUUAUGUUGUGACGAUUGCUCUCGAACGAAGCUUUCGAGAUGAAUUGUAGACAUUUGUUCGAUGUAGGGCGUUCCUUGAUCGAGAGCGAGGUUUUCACCUGAAUGCGUUGGGAUUUCUGCGUUAGCUGCGCUGGUGGAUUGACUUGAAGUCGGAGCGAAGUAAUAUAGUAAUUAAAAGCGAAGCGAGCUAGAAUUAAAUCGAAUCAUUUUUAUACUGUAUUCUGCAUUGACAUGCAACAUAUGCGACAAAUUUAGAAACCUUUUGGGAGUGUAUUAUUGGCGGCCAUAUUGGACAUUUAUGGUAACCGUAUUUUGAAGGUAAUAGGUGCUUUAUAAAACCUUUAUAUUCGAUAACGUCGAUCACUUUCGUCUUGAAUAAAUAUUGAUGUAAGAUACUUUUGUCUGAAUUAUGUUUUUUAAAGAUUGUAUUAUACUUUGAAAUGUAGUUUAUCAUCGUGAACGCGAAAGGAAGGUAUAAAAUCGACAAAUAAAAUAAUUUAAUUACUCGAGAGUGUAAUGUAGACUUAUAAAAUAUUUGAUAUGGUGUAACGCAGGUGGAAUUUAUCAGCUAAAGAUUUCGGAACGCCCUGUGCAAAAGAAUUCGACUGAAUCACAGCACUCUUCUUUGAAGCGUCGGAAAGUUUUACCUUGAACCGUGGAAAAGCAAAUCUGAGAGGUCGAAAACCAAUCGCAUUAGGAACUACCAUCGGAUUAUUAAUAAACGCUUCACUAGUAAGCCGAGCUUCGUGCAACUGUAUUUUUCCGAAUCUGUCGCAUGCGCGCGGCACUCGAACGCCACUGCGAUUCGCAAUUUCAUUGUAACUCGGUCACGGCGAGAUCGAAGUGUCGCGCGAAUAAUUAUCACUAGACUGUGGAGAUUCAUGCAAACAUGAAAAUGAUCUUAUAAAAAUGUAAAAAAAGAAAUGAAUAUUUAAUUUUUAAUAAAAUUUCAUUCUCUUUAUAUGUAGUUCCAAUAAAUUUGAUAUUCAUAUGGUUUAUGAGGUUUCAUUGAAAUUGGUAUUUUAUAAUUCUAUCAAAGAGUUCUGAUACGUUGCGAAUGCAUGAAUUUCCACAGUCGGAUUAUCACGUAAGUAUUAAAACUGUGUAUAGAAGGAGUUUCACGUUUCAUCAAGAAACAUGUUUCCAGUUAAUCGUGGUGUUCGACGGGGCUGUUAGGUCUAUUGUCCUCUGAGUAAACGUUCGUACGAACACGUUCCCGGCACAGGAGGCUGUUGCGUACGGAAACCGGAAAAGCGGCCGAUAUCUCACCGAUAAUGAAAGGGUUUCAUUCAUCUAUCGUUUAAGGAACGUUUCUUUCUAUUUAAUCUGUCGGUUACUGUCGUUAAUUUAAAUGGUUAAAGAGAGAAGCGUGCAUUUGAAAAGACACUGCCAACCUUUCUUGUCCUGUUCACGCGUUUCGUUGUAAUACUAGAUCGAAAAACGGAAAUAGAGUAGACUUCCAGGUGUUCGGACCUCUAGGAAGUAUCAUUUACGAGUUGUAAAUUAGAUUAGAUUAUUCGCGUAUGUCGAUGAAAUACUUCGUCGGGGAAAAUGUACGGAGAAAUAAAUGAAAAUUUGAAAAUUUCCAAGUAAAUAUAAUUCGUUGGUACAGCACUGGAUAAAAGGAAGUCUACUGCGAUUAAUAAAUGUUUCUGCACUAAAGUAACUCUCCCGUGAAAUGAUUAAACGAAAAUGAAACGUUCGGGAUUCGUCUUGCGCGGCAGGACGCUCUAAAAUGGCGAACACGGGCGUACCGAGAUGCGAAAGGCUGA